UUUAAUUACAACUAAUUUUAUUCACAUAUUUAUUUUUGGUGUAUCAGAGUUUGAUCAUCAUGCAUGCCUUCUUUUAUUUGUUUUUCUUUUUUAUGAGAUUAAUAUAUAUAUAUACCAUGUGGUGUUAUUUUCUACUUUGAAUGUUUUGGUACUUGUAGUGUUUUUACUUGCUUGUUAAUGUUGACUUGAAUGGGUAAUCAGGUGUUCUGUUUGCCCUUUUAUUGAAAAUCCAGAAUUUUACUGCCCUAAUAAUUCGACCCUUUAAUGGGAAAGGGCUACCUAACAUAAUUUUUAUUUGGCCUGAAUUUGAGAGUUCUGGUUGAGUGAGCUGAGCUCCUGCUUGCUAUUUGUCUAUUUUUAAUUUUAUUUAUAACUGUAGUGUUCAGGUCCAACUUGCGUGUACCUCAACUAAUUCCACGGCAUACCUAUCACCUACCACCUUCCACCAGCAACAAGUAUCAUCGGGUAUCUUUGUUCGCUAAAGCUAGAACAGAUGGAAAGAAAUCACCUAGCCUUUUAUCUCUGCUAUUUGUCUAUUUAAUUAGGCUUUUGUUCAAAACAAAAAGAGAGAAUUCUACUCUCAUGUGGAUAUUGUGAGGGAGCUAAGGGUAUGUUUGGUGUGAAGAAAAAUGUUUUCUUUGAAAAGAGGUGAGUUCCUUACUUAUUUUGUAGUGUUAGGUAGUUCAGAGAAAAAAGAUUUUUUUUGAUAAUCGUGCUGUCUAGACUAGCUUGCGAGCACCUCGAGUAAUUUCAUGAGAUACCUUUCACUUCCACUUGCAGCUAGUAUCAAUGAACCCUGUCUAUCAAAUUUUGAAGAGUUUGAGCAACAUUGGCUAGAACAGAAAGGAAAAAACCACCUAGUGUUUUGUCUUGUUGGGAUUUUAGCAUGAGACCUCAUGGUGUUUAACCCACUUCAUUGACCAUUAAGCCACACCCUUGGGUGCCUAGCAAAAAUAUUUUUCAAGAGCAUUUAUAUGUAAUAUGGCAAAACACUAUGAGGGUGAGGAGAGGGGUUGGCAGGGGUGGGGGUGUUGGGUGUGUGGGAAGAGACAAUGAACUUGAAAUGUCAGUUAUGGCCCCUACUCCCAUUAGGGAAGUCAUUUUCCUCAUUUUUAAGUGGCAUGAUUUCCAAGAGAAUAUGUUUUCCAAAACAUUUUAACAACUAAACAUGAGAAAUGGGAAAACAUUUCCAAGAUAUGUUUUCUUCCAUACUAACACACCCUAGAGGACUUAAAUCUGAAAGGUUAUAGCAUCAUUUUACAAUAAUAAGUUUUGAGAAAAAUCUAUGCUUAGAACGGAAGCCUUGCAGAGAGUGAUAAUAAAAUCCUCCUUUGAAAGCUACCUCAUGUUGUCUUUAAGAUAGAACCUCGACUAUGUUUAUGUAAAAGGGCUCUUUAUGUGAUUUUAUGAAAAAGGAUGUUCUAGUGAAGUUUAUACAAUUUCUUGGAGCAGAAUAAUAUUUAAAGAAGGGGUUUGAAGAGGGAUUUGUCUAAGUUUUGUAUUCUAUUAUAGUCGUAUAUAAAAAUAAAGCAUGACUGAUUGUUACUUUUUGGUUAAGGAACUUAAAUAAGUUAGUGAACUUAUAAAUCCGAGUGUUUGAACACAAAAUGUAGCUAUUCUUCACCCGCUUCAGCAAGAGAUGGGAUACAAUUUCAUAUUAUGGGAGGACUCAUAUCGAAUCAAUGGUGAAUAGGCUUGGUUAUGACUUUUUUAUCAAAGACUGUAAUAACAGAAUUUCUUUUGCAACUGAUGAAAGGGAGCAUCUUUGUUCAAGAAAUCAAGGUUUAAUGUUAAGAUCACUUAGCACAGCAUGACCUGGAGUAUCAAGCUGUGAAUAUAUCGUCAUAGAUUUCUUUUAGAGCUUUCUGAUUUUAGUGGAUUUACGUCAUGAAAGACAGGUUGCCAAGAGGUAAAAAGUGGCUUAAGUUGGCAUCUGUAGAAACAAUCACGCUUGAACAGCUGAAACGAUGUACAACAUCAAGAGAAACAAAAGAAGAAAUGGAUGAUAAUUUAGAGACCAAGGGAAAUUGGCUUCCUGAUCACUUGCUUUUUAAGAUUUUUCUUCUACUUCCAGCUGAGACUCUGUGUGGACUGCGUUGCGUAUGCAAGUCGCUUCUCAACAUGAUCAACAGUCCAACUUUUGUUGAAGCUCACUUUCGUCAAUCUGAGACAGUUCUAAUUACUGAAAGUUCCGUUCACGAGGAAAUCAUACAUUCAGAUUUUCCACUACCUUCGAAUAAGACUGAAUGUUAUUUCCAUUUCUGGGACAUCCUCAGCGGUAAAGGCCAUAGAGUUUGUAUGCCAGAUAAUUUGAGGAACAUAGAGUGCAUUUUGGCUGCCUGCAAUGGUUUGGUCCUUGUCAAGAUUAGGAAUGGUGGAGGUCUAGUUGUUAUAAAUCCAAGUACGCGGAACCACAUUAGAGUGCCCCUUGGAACGGUUGGCUUUGGGACCGAGUGCUAUGGGUUCAUGUUCAGCAAUUUCACAGGUGCUUAUAAAGUAGUACACUUGUUCCGUGAAUCUAGAAACAUUCGUUGUGAGAUCCUGAACCUUACUACAAGAUCAUGGCAUGCAGUGGAUGGACCUAAUUCAAAAGAAUUUGUUUUGAUCACUACUCGUAGAUCUGUUUCAGCAGUUGGUGCUUUGUAUUGGCUUCCACAGAGUGAGGGCUGUAAGCAUGUUGUCUCCUUGGGAUUUCAUGAUGAGAAAUUCCUAACUAUACCUCUACCAAUCAGCAGCACCAAAAACGAUAGACUUGUUGAGAUUGGAGGCUCCCUGAGCUUUGUAACUCAUGCCACAUUGAAUCUGAUUCAGGUAUGGAUACUGAAGAGUGGGAAUUGGUUAAAGAGAUAUAGCAUCAAUAGGUUAUAUGAUAUCACUGGAUUUGUUCCCCUUUGUGCUUCGACGAAGGAAAUAGUUUUCGAGAGAGAAGAAGGAUAUGCUUUGUUACAUGUUUACAAUUUUGAAGCUGAAGAAAUGGAGGAGGUUAAUUUUAAAGGCACCAAGAGAAUUAAAGAUCUUUAUAUGCCUCAUGUAAAGUCCCUUGUUUCAUGGGAUAGUCCUCAACUUUAGUGGGAUGUAUAAAUACUCAACCUGACCCUUUGUGGCGUUAAAACUUUGAAACUUAUGACUUUAAGGAUUGCAAUUUUGAAUUUCAA